GGGGCCCCGGGGUCCCGCCGCCGCCUCGCUCCGGCCCCGCAGCCCCCGGGCGCCUCCGGGACUGAGUUUAGUUUCCAGGAAACAAAUAUUAAAAAUGAACUGACAUGUAAAAUAAACAAGAGCUAGCCAGAGGAACGAGAUUGUUAUUGUUACUGAAAGCUGUGUAUUACGAAAGCGCUCGGGUGACGGCAGCCUUGCAGGCAAAACGCCUCGACGCCGCACCGCGGUCGCGCAGCGCCACCGCGCCGGCCGCGCUCCUGGAGGCACGGCAAAGCGCUGAUGGAUACUGGUGUCGCUGCUAGUAUUGAUUAUCCUAAUUAAUUCCGUGAGCUUUGCAGCCUGGCUGGGAACAGAUAGAUGCUGAUACGCAAGGUGGCAGCCAGACUGGGCUCUCGUUUAUCCCAUCAUAUAAUUCAAGGAAUGAAAUCUCUCUAGCAGCUACGAGUAAAAGUUCUUAUUGAUUCCCAAGUACUUUACUUGUUCAUAAGAAUAACACCUACAGUGCUCCAGAGGAUAUUUUAUGUGUCGCUGUUUUCCCCUGCUAUUUCCAGCGGUGAUACGGGAUCGGAGCACCGAGAUGACCUAGAUAGGCGACCGGGCGGAAGCAGCGGGGAGAGCCGAGCGCUUUAUGGCCCUGCUCUGCAAGGUCGCCUCCUUGCUUUACUCUGGCAAGCAGCAUCUGUUUUAGCUUCUGCACUGAAAUGCGAAAGCCAGGUUCUGCUCUUGGCAUCCCCUAAUGCGCCCGGAGGGAUUCUGGACGCGACCGCUGCAGCCAGCAGGCGCUCGGGGCGCGGAGCGGCCGCCGCAGCAUCCGCCCCAUCGCUGCAGCAGCCCCCGGGAAAGGCCGGGAGAAGGGGGCCGGCCUGAAAGAGGCUGCACCAAACCUGAGCAUUUCACUUGCUGGAAGAAAGGCGCUCGGUUGUCUCCUGCUUUUUUCCCCGGCAGCGAAUACAGGCUGUGCUCAGCCUGCACGGGAGGCAUUUUCUCCCUUCUUCACUGCCUCCUGCUGAAGAACAGAAAUAUUUUGAAAAUCCUGAGAUUAACCGACACGAGAAGGGCGAUUUCCCCGCUCCCGGCGAGGGUCGCAGCGGCUCCGAGCUCUCGCUGUCCCGCUCGCCCUCAGCGCCCCGAAGCCGCGUGGGCCCAGCUGCAGGGAUCCCGCCAGAAACUGUUUUUGCAACAUUCUGCAAAAAUUUUCUUAUCCACCCUGAUUCUUCAGCACCUGAUUUAUGACUCUCAGUCUGACCAAUUAAGCUAUAACCUUUCCAGAAAGGCAAGCGUGGGAGUUAAUCAAUGUCUCCUUCCCAUCCCCGAAAUGGCAAAAGCAUUUGUCAAGGGCUCGUGGAGCAGGUGCCCGCGGCGGGCGGCAGCAGCGGCCAGCGCUGCCGAAGGGGGACGCCGGGGCCCCGCAGAGCUCCAGUCCCCGACGGCCCUGGGAAAAUACUCCUUUUUUCAAAGGAAAAAAGUUAAUAAAUUUCAGAUGCAAAAGAGGAGACGGAACCAGCGCAGGGAGGCGAGCGGGGCCAUGCCGAACACAGUCCCGAGAAAAGCAGUUUGGGAAAGGGGCCGACAUUCCAGCGCCGUCACCCGGAGAUGUCCGGAGAGGCCCGCCGGGCCCGGAGCGAGCCGCGGAGCGAGGGAACGCUGGAGCGCCCACUGGCACGAGUGGCUUUUCCAAACGGAAAAGUUUGGGACGGGACGGAGGAGGAGGGCGAGCCGCUCCGGGAGCCUGCCUCGGUUCGGCCCCUUGGAGAACGCAGAGACGUCACUUGCCUUCGAGGCACCUCCAGGCACCGCAAACUGCGAAUUCGCGUUCACAGGAGCAAUGCUACGGACCAAAAGCAGGACCUGGAAAAGAGGGAACCCUCUUGCUUUCCUCUCACAAAUUCCUGGGAACUGCUGUCAAAAUUCAGUUUACUCCAAGAAAAGCCAACUCAAAGGCACAAAGAAACAUGUUGGGGGGAAAGGAAGGGUUUUGCUUUUUCCAGUUAACUGCUUGGAAAUAACAUUUGGAGGCUGGAAUGCAGCUCCCGUCAGGCUGAUGCCUUACAGCUUUCAAAAGCGCACUGGCUCCCGAGCCCCCAGCGAUCCCGGCUCACCAGCUCCCGAGCCCCCGGCAAUCCCGGUGCACCGGCUCCCGAGCCCCCGGUGA